CUCUCGAAAAGUACUCCAAGAGCAUGAAGUUCAAUCAACAGGAGCUAGCUUUAUUUGCCUCAUCACGUCAGGGAAAGGCAGACAAGGAGGGUGUCUUAUGGCUGAGAGAAAUUGAUGGAACCAAAGUCAAGAAAAAACAAGGGUAUGCACAACGAUGGUUCACUUUGUCGGGGAACAUGCUUUUUUACAGCAAAAGUGAUUUAUCUGACUCUGGCGUGGUGGGUGUGAUCAUUCUGGAGCGAUGUCGAGUGGAGCCAGACAAUGAGAGUGGGAAUAGGAACUCAUUCAAGCUAGCGUUUGAUGAGAGUGAAUUUGGUUACCUCUUUACUGCCAACUCUGCCAGGGACCAAGACGAAUGGACCACAGCUCUCAACUCAAGCAGUUACGAGUACCUGCGUGUACUGUUCAGUGACCUACGAGGGCAGCUGCUCCACCUCACGGGGAAGGACCCACUGGUUGAGGACCACCCUUAUUUCAACGAGCCUAUCAAGAAUAUAUCUCCUAUCCCAGCUUCGGCUCCAGCCUACGAGGGAGAGCCUGUCUUUGAACUGUCACUUGCAUGUAGCUCAUUGGUGGGUAGCCUUGGAGACUGUGUGCCCAGUGCCAUGAUAGUGACCAGUGUGAUGACACCUCCCCAGGCAUACUGGAUCAGAUAUGCCCAGACAGAAGUUGUGGAGCAUAAUUGUGACCCACGGUUCUUCACUACUGUGGUGUUUUAUAUGGGCUCAGUUGCCAUGGCAACCAAACUCAAGUUUGAGAUAUUUGACGUGUACGAUCGCAAAGAGACGAAGGUGUGUCCGAUUGGUGCCGCCCAGUGUCAAGUGAUGGACCUCCUCAGAUCACCUGACCAGUCACAGAGACACGAGAUACUGUUUGAUAGAUCUACUUGUGGCUAUCUCACUGUUAAAGCAACCAAGAGCCGUGAGAGUGAUGGAGCUCAGUUGGUGGGUGGUAUUUACCAGCCACCGCUCCUCAGAGAGACUCACAGCCCCACACUAGUCACAAGUGGGAGUCAAGUGUGUGAGGAUGGGGUCGGGAGGGGAGGGUUCAACUAUCAGGCCUCCAUGGAUAACAUUGUCAUCAGAAAUUUCCAGUUCCCAGUGAGUGGUAAGCCAGACCAGUUUCUGAAGGUGACAGAGGUGAUGGGCGAAGGCAAAUUCUCGUUCUCCAUUCCCAUGCAGAUGCUUGAUUUGUAUAUCGUUGAGGAAAGCCAUUUAUUGGCCCACUACAACUCCAUCAACAGAUUGAAUCAAGAGUGGGAGAUCAACAAGCAAGCUGUGAUGGUGGAACACCAGAGAGUGGUGCAGCACUAUCGAGAGAGUAAGUCCGGACUCCAGGCUCAGUUAGAGGCAGGCAUCACCUUCAAAAAGAGUACUGCUAAAGGUUCCUCCGAUUUGGACUUUGUACCGGUUAAUCUGCACAUUCAACAGCUUAAGGUUGUGAGUGAGGAGACUGAUUUUAAAGAUAAGAUGGUGUUCUCUGCUGUGACAGUGGGUUGUCCGACGGCGUACAGUCUCAAGUUCAAGGCAGGUGGUCUGGCCAAACUACAGAACACACAUGCACUGGUUGGUCUAGGAGGCUCUGGAGACACCAAGUCAACGAGAGCAAAGGGAGUGGCCAGUCGUGUUGAAACUGUGAAUUUGAGCAUACUUCGUGACUUGGAGCAGCUGGUGAACUUAGGUAGAAAAAUGUCGACGGAGGGUAUGGAGCGAUGUGUACGAGUGGUGGCAGACAAGGUGCACCAGAUCAAGUCUCACUCCAAUAUCACACUCACCAACGAUGCCUUGAGGGCGUUGUAUGCUGAGCUGGCAGAGAAGACCAUUCCCAUAGCCAACCUUAAUGUGAGCUCACUGUUUCAUAAGAUAGAGGAGCACGUGUACUGUGUGGAGGCCAAGGUGGAGGCACUCAUUUCACCUCUGGUUGACAUCUCAGUGAACAGCAGGGAGCUCAUUGAGGCAGUGGGGCACUUGAGAACUGUGCUGGAUGAAGUCGUCAGUCUGAUCAUUAAGGCACUCUAUUUUGUCAUUCUUAAGGAGAGCUAUUUCAUGAUGGACAAAUUCCCCAUUGGUCUGCGAGGACUCAUCAAUCGUCAUGACAUUGUGUUCUCCCAGGCUCUCGCUUCUGUGGUGACCAGUUUUGUGGUGAAGCUCACUCAAUGUCUGGUGGUGCCCUCGUUUCUGUCCCAGCUGGUGACUGUGGGGUUUCUUGUGCACUGGGAGAGCUUGCUCUCUACUAUGGGUGAUGAACUGGGCAUGCUGGAAGACUUCAUUACUGCCAUUCACGACCUCAACAAUGUCAAGUUCAAGCUGACCCUCUCUGACUCACUCAGUGACGUACCACUUGUCAAGGGCUCAAGAUACAAAGUGAUUGUAGAGGUGCCUCUCCAAAGAGCCCUAUUUCGGAUGCUGCCUCCCUCGGUGCAGGAAGGACAAGUUAUCACUGUAUGUGCUGUGCUCUUCACACAAGGCAUCAACGAACAGCAAACCUUCGCUGACAAAUUUUUCGACAGUUCUUAUCAAGACCAGAUCAACAUGAAAAGUCUCCAGAAACUCACCAGUUACUGCACCAGAUAUCAUGACCAUUUUGGAAGUGCCAACGCCAAGUUGCACUUGAAGGCUAUAAAGGCUAACCAACUACUGGAGCAGCUUAGAACUCAAGUACACACAAGAAAAGACAAGAAUGUUGAAAUUCUCUCACUCAGUGCAGAUUUGUGUCGGACACUGGAUUGCGGGCGUGUCACUAGCUGUAAGAGUGCUAAGGAUCGUACGGCUAUGGCAGUGACUCUGGAGCAAACACGAAUACUACUAGGUAUGCAGAUGGACCCUAGCUGUCAGCAACACACCCUCGACGCUAUGAGAAGUCAAGGAACGAGGCUGCGAAACACUGAGAAGAACGUUGGUGUUCCUUUGUACGCCUUCAAUGCAAUCCAAGUGUUCACCCUCCCCCCUCUCUAUAGACCCCCCGAGGGAACUUACAAGAAAUUACAAACUUAAUCUGUUUUCUUUUUAAUUGUGAAAUAAAGUUUUUAGCUGAGCUCUGAUACAUGUUGCUAUUUAUUUAAUGUCAUAUUAUAUAUCACUUCACUACUAGUAUUAUCAUACAAGUAGAAUGUGUAGAAUUUUAAUGAAAUUAUAAUAAAGAGAUAUAUAUAAUUAUUUCAUUAUACAGUCAUUAAAAUGAA